AUGCCGCUCAGCCCCCUCUCGUCCGCCGUGUUCCUUCAAAAUGCGACGCCCGGCUUCACGACAACUCCUGGGCGCACUCCGACUUCGGUGACCGUCCACCCCGUCGCCCUCUUCUCGAUAUUGGACCACUACCUCCGCCGCACGGAUGCGCAAGACCGCGUUAUUGGGACGUUACUUGGCACGCGCUCGGACACCGGCGAGGUGGAGGUGCGCUCCUCGUUUGCGGUCCUCCACAGCGAGACCGCGGAUCAGGUCGCGGUGGACAUGGAGUACCACCGGACAAUGUACGACCUCCACCACAAGGUCAGCCCGAAGGAGGUCAUCGUUGGAUGGUACUCGACUGGGUCGAAUCUUAACACCUACUCUGCCCUUAUCCAAAAUUUUUACACGCAAGAAACCGCACCGCACCAGGCCAUUCAUCUCGCUCUGAACACUGGUGUACAGGAGGGACAGAAGGCUGGCGUUCAGGCAUACGUCGGAUCACCAGUGGGCGUGAGCCCCAAGCCCGAGAACUGUGUAUUCGUCCCAAUCCCCUGUGAACUCCGUUUCAACAACUCCGAGCGUAGCGGACUUGACCUCCUCACCUCCGACCUCUCGAAUUCUACCUCUGCAUCCGCCACCUUCACCAACCCUUCCAGCGACCUUGAGCUAUUGGAGCGCUCCCUCGUCACAGUAUCGGAGAUGCUCGACCGCGUUCUUUCAUAUGUCCAGUCCGUGCUCUCCGGCGAAGCGAAGGGCGAUUCUGCCGUGGGUCGGUACCUGAUGGAUGCUCUCGGGCCUAUUACCGAGGACCUUGAGAAGGGCGAGUUCAAUACUCACCUUCAGGAUACCCUCUUGGUCUCGUAUUUGGCCAACCUCGUGAGGUCACAAGCCGAAGUGUCCUCGCGGUUGGCGCUGGUAAAGGCAUCGUAG